GUUCCCAAGUAACUCCCAGUUGAAAAGUUUGUAAUUUUGUUUUUUAAACGCCUGAUAUGGAUCUUCUGAACGAUACUUUUCCUGCCAUAUUCCCAAUGGCUCGGAUAAGUGAUAUGCCCAACAUGUUGGGCUGGAAUCUUCCAUCGGAUCAACAGCACUUGGUACACGAUCACUGGAAGCAUUUUCCGGAUCCACCAUACUACAUGCACCUGCUUCUGGCCCUUAUCUAUUUCGUUUUGAUGAACGUAUCUCUGAUUGGAAAUGGAAUCGUUGUGUGGAUAUUUACUACUUCUAAAUCCCUACGAAACGGUUCGAACAUGUUUGUAGUAAACCUUGCUAUAUUUGAUUUACUGAUGAUGUGCGAAAUGCCCAUGUUCCUAGUGAACUCAUUCUCAGGACGACUGAUCGGCUACGAAACAGGAUGUGCCAUCUACGCCGCAUUGGGAAGCCUCUCCGGAAUUGGUGGAUCUAUCACUAAUGCAGUAAUCGCUUAUGAUCGGUACCGUACCAUCUCAAACCCGUUGGAAGGCCGCUUAAACAGAGCGCAGGCAGCGAUUCUUGUCGUGUGUACGUGGAUGUGGGCUAUGCCGUUCACAUUGCUGCCAAUGUUCAAAAUUUGGGGCCGAUAUAUACCAGAAGGAUACCUUACGACUUGUUCAUUCGACUAUCUAACUGAUGACUCGGACACUCGUGUUUUUGUCGGAUGCAUAUUUGCAUGGGCUUAUGCCAUUCCGAUGUUCAUCAUUUGUUUCUUCUAUACACAGUUGUUCGGACAUGUGAGGCAACACGAGGCCAUGCUGAAAAAUCAAGCCCGUAAGAUGAACGUCGAAUCGCUGGCAGCGAACCGAAACGAAAAGGCUCAAUCCGUAGAAAUUCGGAUUGCGAAAGCUGCUUUCACUAUAUUCUUUCUAUUCGUCUGCGCUUGGACUCCGUAUGCCAUCGUCGCAAUGAUAGGUGCUUUUGGUGAUAGAACUUUGCUUACACCAUUUUUCACCAUGAUACCGGCAGUUUGCUGUAAAAUCGUAUCUUGUUUGGACCCGUGGGUUUACGCAAUCAGUCAUCCACGGUACCGACAGGAAUUGGAGCGGCGUCUUCCAUGGCUUGGAAUCAAAGAAGCAGCGGACAACAUUAGUACAACAGAAAGCAAACAAACAACGGUUGUGGCAGCAACGGGCGAAUAAGAAAAGGAAUUUUGUGUUCCAUAAAUCAUGGGAAACGUUUCCCUUAUGAAGAAAGACGAAGCAAUGUGUUAUGGAAAAUGCGAACGGAACUUAGUAAGUUCCAUGGUUACCUAAUAUACGUAUCAUUGCAAACCUAAGAACUUUUAGUUGAUUUUAGGUAAUAGGAUCCAUGGUUGUUACUAAGAUGUAGUUAUAAAUGUUAGACAACAAAUAUUGUUUAGUAAAAUUUCCAGCAACGAAGAAAAUAUUAAAAAAAAAAUAAAGAGAAGAAUGUUA